UGCCGCCGGGGCUCGCAGUUCAAUGUGCCCCCCAGUGCCCAGUUUGUGGCCCGGCCCGUGGGGGUCUGCUCCAUGAUGAAACUGCCUGUUCAGGCAUCGGCAGAGGGACUGGACGCAGCUUUUGUCGGCGUUCCUCUAGACACAGGCACGUCCAACCGGCCGGGAGCCAGGUUCGGCCCACGCCAGAUCCGAGCCGAGUCGGCGAUGGUGAGGAGGUACAACGCCAGCACCGGGGCAGCGCCUUUCGACUCCCUGCAGGUGGCUGACAUCGGGGACGUGAACGUGAACCUCUACAACCUGCCCGACAGCUGCCGCCUCAUCCGAGAGUCCUACCAGAAGAUCGUGGCCUCCAGCUGCGUGCCCCUCACCUUGGGUGGAGAUCACACCAUAACGUACCCCAUCCUGCAGGCUGUGGCAGAAAAGCACGGUCCCAUGGGGCUGGUGCAUGUGGAUGCUCACACCGACACCGGAGACAGAGCCCUGGGGGAGAAGAUCUACCACGGGACCCCGUUCCGGCGCUGCGUGGAGGAAGGGCUGCUGGACUGUGGCCGCGUGGUCCAGAUCGGCAUCCGAGGCUCCUCCUAUGACCCGGAUCCUUACAAGUACUGCUGGGACCAGGGAUUCCGGGUAGUCCUGGCUGAAGAGUGCUGGAUGAAGUCUCUGGUGCCGCUGAUGGGCGAGGUGAGGAAGCAGAUGGGGGACAAGCCGGUGUACAUCAGUUUCGAUAUCGAUGGACUAGACCCUGCGUACGCCCCGGGCACUGGGACACCAGAGAUAGCUGGGCUCACGCCUGCGCAGGCUUUGGAGAUUAUCCGUGGCUGCAAAGGCCUGAACAUAGUGGGUUGUGACCUCGUAGAAGUUGCACCAAUGUACGAUGUCUCCGGUAACACAGCCCUCCUGGGGGCAAACCUGCUGUUCGAGAUGCUGUGCGUUCUCCCCAGAGUGAAGACAAAGUGAGGGCAGCUCCCACCU